GAAUGUUAGAGGAAUAAGCAGUCAAAGGAAAAAAAAAACCUUCGACACAGCUGAAAAUUCCCGGUUAACAUCCUUCAGUUUGCUUCUAGCUAAUCCUCUUGCCAGCUUGCUAAGUCAAGCGAAAAAUGAAAGCUAGCCGCCGAGUUCUCCCUCAUGGCGAAGCUCUGUAGUUUUGCGGUUAAGCAUGAAUGGAAGUUGUUUGUGUAACGCGUCCCUUCUCCCACAAGCCAAAUGGUUUUACACCACUUUCCACGAAGAGCGAAUGGCUAGGCCUCAACGGCGCCAUUUUGAAUCCACUACCCGAAAUUUAAAGCCAGACGUUGGAGGCGAUAACUGCUCCCCAGCUUGCAUUGGAAAGAAGGAAACCACAUCAUCGAGAAUGCUGACCCUCAGAUGAGUUUUUCCUACUAAUGGGAGCGCCGUGAUUCUCCCUAUUCGUCGACCAGGCGGCCUUCUGUUCUGGGAGUGGCUGGCGGGUUUAUCGAGGCCUGUUUUGAAGGUUUUUCAACCACACUCGUUGGCUGUUAUGGAUGUAAAAGUGGACUUUAACACCCUGAUAAAUUCCAUAUAAGGCAAUUCUCCAUCCUUUGGCUAUUAAAGAGUGCCUCGGAAAAAAAAGCCCAAACAAAGCCCCAGUCAAAAUGGCGUGGUCUCAAAAUGGACGCUCGCAUAAUCCACGCUAGUAAAAGAAGGGCCCGGGGCCCUUUUCUAUAUAUUUUUUUGUCAACAAUAUGGACAUUAUCCACAUUCACGAGACAACAAAGAACUCUCCGGUGGCCGAGGACGGGCUGUUCAGCGCUGGAGGCGGCUGCUUCAGAUGGAGACCCCGGUGUAUCAACGGAGCCUCUCUGGAGGGCCUUUUGAAGGAGGCGCAGAUGGCACCACAACAAUGGGAACUUCUGCCUAAACAGCUCCCCGACAAGUGGCAGCACGACAUGUUCGACACCGGCUUCGGAGGCUUUAAUGGUAGUGCCGGUGGUGGCGGAGGAGCUGGUGUGGAAACUGGAGGGAAGCUCCUAGUCUCCAAUCUGGACUUUGGUGUUUCAGAUGCAGACAUUCAGGAACUUUUUGCUGAAUUUGGGACUCUGAAGAAGGCUGCCGUUCAUUACGACCGCUCAGGAAGAAGCCUGGGAACAGCUGAUGUCCAUUUUGAGAGGAGAGCAGAUGCACUGAAGGCCAUGAAGCAGUAUAAUGGCAUCCCACUUGAUGGGCGACCAAUGAACAUUCAACUCGUCACGUCACAGAUUGACACACAGAGGCGGCCUAUGCAGGGGCUGGUUGUAGUUGGGGGCAUGACCAGAAAUCGCACCUUUGGCAUGCAAAGAGGUCGAGGUGGCCGUGGUUCAGCUUUCUUCAGAGGGAGAGGACGGGGUGGCCGAGGUGGCGGAAGCAAACCUCUUUCAGCAGAGGAGCUUGAUGCACAAUUAGACGCCUACAACGCCAGGAUGGACACCAGUUAAGAGAUGACGUACUUCUUAGUUGUCCUCCCUUCCUUUCUGUGCAGAAGAGGGUGUUUGUUACAAAUGUCCAGAAUAUUUUACACACGCUUGUCUUCUGAUGUGAUUUGAAAGUGUUCCAGCCUCUUCUUUUAAAUACUCCAAAGUGUUUUUUACCUGUUUGUUUUUUGGGUUGUUUUUUUUUUGAUGGAAAAAAAAAAAAUGGUUUUGACUGUAGGUUUUUGAACUGGGGUAUCCCAGCUCCCCUCUGCCCUGUAGUUAAUGAAACUUGUAAUAAAACCUGCAGUGUAUAUUAACCAAAAAGUCUUGGAUUUAUGUAUCUAUGAAUUUGUAAUGUCUGUUUUGUUGCAUAUAAUGUUCCACCAUAUGUUGUGAAAAAAUUCCUCAUCGCUGGUAGUUUGACAGUGUAUUUGGUGUUCGAUUAUGCGAAAUAUAAAGUUAAUCUUU